UUUUUUUUCUUUUUUUUCUUUGCUUAUAAGCAUCUACUUAUCGUAUGUUGAAUUCUUUUUUUUAUCGGAUUCUAAAAUUACUUGUAUCGGAUUUUUCACAUAGGCUCAACUAUACUUUAUGAAAGCUUCAUUCAUGCAUACUUCCUGAUGCUGACUAGCUAAUACUAUGCCAGAAGUAUGAAAAGAACUUGGUUAAUAGAAAGGGACUUGAAUAGUUUUUUCUUUUAUUCAAACAAUCUUCUAAGCGCGAAUGAGGAUGUCUAUCGAAGUCAUAAAGAUAAUUUUAGUUGCACGCUUCAGCGAUACGAUCUUGUAGAAAAACUUGAUGUCUCUUCAGUUUACUCUCAACGACCGACCUGAAUUAUUCUACAGGAUUUAAUUCAGAGGAAUAAGGUGGUAGAUAGACACAUCUCUUGUGUUAUCUAUGACAAUAUACGAGCCCUGAGUAUACUCACACAGGUGUACAAAAUAUCGAGAAUAUUGCUCAAAAAGCGAAAAUGUUGAUUGGUGAUUAUCGGGUGUUUAACCCCAUCAUCAGCAUUGUCAUUCGCGGUACUCAAGGUUUAAAAUUAAGAAGUGGGGAUGGUGUCUGUCAAGCAACCAAGAACGCUCUUGCAUUACUCAAGAAGGAAUUCGGUGUACAAAGUAAACGUAUAUAUGGCAGAAAAAUAGAUUUGAUGGUUGUUGAUCAGAAGCACAAGAUGGAGCUUUGCUCUACUGAGUGGAAGAAAAAGAAUGUAUCAGUAGAGACCUUACUUUGUCAACAAACAAAAAACCUCCGUGUCUCAAAAUGCAUUUUGAAGAAAAUUGUUGAAUUAGAUAUCUCCCUCCCUGAAUUGCAAUCACUAUCCAUUGACAUUAUGGACUGGCGUGGGUUUGAUGGUUACAUUCUGCAGAUGCAAAGAGUUAAUGGUGUAUAUCUAGUCAAUCUUAAUUCAACUCUUCAUAUUCCAACACAUACUAAUCAAAUCAGAAAUUUUAAGGAUACCUUAAUUAGUCUUUUUAAAUGGAAGGAUAAACUUGUGGAGCUUCAGGAUACUAUCUCCUCUGCUAAAGCAGCGUCUAGUUCUUCAAUUAGUUUCAAUGGCAUCAUUAAUGCGCGCAAGAGAUCUCCCUCUCCAGAAGAUUUUACCUUUUUUUCACCAAAGAGAUCACAUUGAAUAAACAAAAAUAAGUCAAAGUCACUUUGUGAAAUAUGUGAGAUGAAUCAUAAGAAGAUUACUAUUCUAUGUUCUCUAAAGCUAUGUACCC